AUGAUAAGCGGGAAUGACUUCUAUUCCAUUGUGAAAGCCAUGCUGCCGUUAUACGUCGCCAUGUUUCUCGCCUACGGCAGCGUGCGGUGGUGGAAGAUCUUCACCCCCGACCAGUGCUCCGGCAUCAACCGUUUUGUUGCCAUCUUCGCUGUCCCUUUUCUCUCUUUCCAUUUCAUCUCUAUGAACAAUCCUUACACCAUGAAUUUCCGUUUCUUGGCCGCCGAUACCCUCCAGAAAAUCAUCAUUCUGGUGGUGCUCGGCGUCCUUACUAAGUUCACCAAAAUAGUUACCCUCGAAUGGACGGUUACAAUCUUCUCACUCGCGACGCUUCCCAACACCCUCGUGAUGGGGGUUCCGCUGUUGACAGCCAUGUUUGGUGAUUUUUCAGAAUCACUGAUGGUCCAGGUGGUGGUGUUGCAGGGCAUCAUAUGGUACACUUUGCUUCUAUUCCUUUUCGAGUUUCGUGCCGCGAAGAUGCUGAUUAUGGAACAGUUCCCGGAAACCGGAGCCAACAUUGUCUCAUUCAAGGUAGAUUCCGACGUUAUUUCUCUCGACGGCCAAGAUGUUCUUGAAACGGAGGCAACGGUUGGAGAAGAUGGGAAACUUCACGUCAGGGUGAGGAAAUCGAAUGCGUCGAGAAGAUCGUUCGGAGUCGGCUCCCUUUCAGGGGUGGAAAUUUACAGUUUAAGCUCAUCAGCCAUCCAGACUCCGAGAGGUUCCAACGUCAACCAGUCGGAUUUUUACUCCAUAACUGGUUUUCCCGGCGGACGGCUAUCAAAUUUCGGCCCGGCGGUGGAUGUGUCUUCCACUCCGAGACAAUCAAUUAAUUUCGAAGAGGACACUGCUCCGACAUCUCUCAAAAUGAGUUCUUCGAGGUCUGGAAUGUACCAUGCAGCUCACAACAUGAUGCCAUAUUUCCAGCCCGUAAACUCGGAAAUUAGUCCGGCCGUUACAAAACCUAUAAAAACCCAACAACCACCAGAAACGCCAUCGCGUUCAAAGCCACAUAUGCAACAAAAAAAAGUGAACCCUGACGUCCACACAUUUCCUCGGAGUGCUAGUGCGCCGAUAGGUUCCAAAGGUGGUCGGCUCAGUUCGGAUCUCCGGGGAACAGCACAACAGUCAUCUCGACCAGGUCAACAUGGUAUCAAUGAAACCCAGAUGUUGGUCUCUGAUCACCCCCAAAAUGGAAAAUUCAGAGCGAAUGAAGAAUUAGGGAGCAAGAAAGGUGGGGAGAGGAUCAAACCGGCGGGGUUGGAGUCUAUGGCAGUUCCAGAAGAAGGUGCCGAAACACAGUUGCCGUCGGCGAGUGUUAUGAUUCGUUUGAUACUGGUGACGGUUUGGCGGAAACUGGUUAGGAACCCUAACACAUACGCCAGCAUAUUAGGUCUAAUUUGGUCUCUUGUGUCCUUCAGAUGGGACGUGGGAAUGCCAAAAAUAAUCGGAAGUUCAAUCGCUUUGAUCUCCAAUACUGGUCUUGGAAUGGCUAUGUUUAGCUUAGGUUUGUUUAUGGCGCUUCAACCUAAGAUGAUAGCGUGCGGAAGAACGAAUGCUUUGAUUGCCACGGUUGCAAAGUUUUUAUUAGGACCGCUGGUAAUGGUGGUGGCAUCCAUCGCAGUUGGCCUCCAUGGUACCCUUCUCCAUCUUGCCAUCGUACAGGCCUCUUUAUCAGAAGGGAUCGUACCAUUUGUUUUUGCUAAAGAGUACAAUGUUUAUCCAACCAUGCUUAGUUUCUCGGUCAUAUUCGGAAUGUUGAUAACGGUACCCAUAAAUUUGGUCUACUACAUCAUUCUCGAACACUAG